GACCACACCCGGUUUGUCCAGAGUGUCAGAUAUUCUCCAAAUGGAGAGCUGUUUGCUACUGCAGGAUUUGAUGGAAAGCUGUUUUUAUAUAAUGCAAAGGAAUACACGCAAGUUGGAGAGGUUGGUGAUCCUGCCCACAGUGGAGGAAUAUACGGUGUGGCUUGGAGUCCUGAUAACACAAGACUACUGACAGCAUCUGGAGACAAAACAUGUAGACUAUGGGAUGCAGGAACGAUGUCCCUUGUUUCAGAAUUUACUUUUGGGAAGGAUAUAUUGGAUCAACAAGUCAGUUGUCUUUGGCAAGGAAAUUAUAUUUUAUCUGUAUCCCUAUCUGGUUUUAUCAACUACUUGGAUAUUAACAACCCUUGCAAGCCUCUCCGUAUUAUCAAGAUUGCUUGCACUUUUUCUGGUUAUUCUUUGACUCAUGGUGCACCAUUCUGGGACAUUUCAAGUGGAGAUCAUGAUCGAGUUGAAGGUCCAGGGCACACUAACCAGGUUCAAGAUAUGACAACAGGAACUGAUGUUAUCUAUACUUGUGGAGUUGAUGAUACAGUUCGUGCUAUUGAUGCUAUAACAAAUCGAUAUAAUUCGCUUGAAGUAAAGACUGACUCUCAACCUAAAGGAAUUGCUGCUGCUAAUGAUGAUGUCCUGAUCAUUGCAGAAUAUAAUGAUAUCACUGUUAUGGAUCGUGGCCAGAAGAAGACCUGUUUGCAAGUGGAGUAUGAACCAAGCUGCGUUAGUGUUCAUCCUGUGGAAACUGAUGUGGCCGUGGGGGGUCAUAAAGAUCAUAAAGUCCAUAUUUACCUGCUGAAUGGAUAUACGCUGAGUCUUAAAACCACACUCGACGAGCAUCGUGGAGCCAUCACAGAUGUGGCCUACUCUCCGGAUGGUUCUUAUCUUGCAGCCUGUGAUGGUAACCGAAAGGUCAUUCUGUACCGUGCCUUAACUUAUGAGCUUGCUCACAAUUUGGAUUGGUGUUUUCAUACUGCUCGAGUCAACUCCAUAUCCUGGACCCCAGACUCUCAACAUUUAGCCACUGGAAGUCUUGAUACUGGUAUCAUCAUUUGGAGUGUUGAACAACCAAACAAGCAUAUAAACAUUAAAAAGGCGCAUCCACAGAGCCAAAUAACAAGAGUUGCCUUCUUAGACAACAACACUUUGGUGUCAACAGGACAGGACAGUAACAUCAAGAUAUGGGAAAUUACUUACUCGUGAUUUGUUACGUUGGAUGGUAGCCUUGCAGAAGCGGCUCUUGUCUGUUCCGAUAUUUCUUUCUUUUUGAUCACCUUAAGGCAAAUCCUCAAGGAUCAUAUGUUUUCAUUGUAGAUUGAUGGCUUAUGAGAUUUUUGUGACUGUUUCUUUUUAUUUAUAAUUGAUUAAUAUUGAACUAACCACGUAUAAAAAAUAUACAGUGGACCUUGCAAUCGUUCAGUAUAAACCAUUCACAGUUUCAAAACUGAGAACUAUGUUUGAAAGCUUCCAUGAUUUUGAAAUAACAAUGCUAGUGAAAAUGAUGUUGAAGUAACAAUGUCAGUGAAAAUGAUGUGGAAAUAACAGUGACAGCGAAACUGUUGUUGCUAUAACGAUGCUAGUAAAAAUGAUACUGAAAAUUAUGUUUAGUAUUUAAGGUGAGAUCGAUAAAGUUUGUCUCAACAAGUAAUUUUGAACAGAUUUCCAAAUCAGGCAUUACUAAAUAUAGUGAAUAAAUACAGCUUUGGUUGAUCCUUUUUGUAACUUUAGUAAUUCCUUGGCUAUUGCAUACAAAAACCAUACAUAUACCAGUUUAUAACUUUGUGCAAGUUAUGAAAUAUAAACCAAUAGGUAUACUGUUACAAUGCUAUACAGGUUCAUUAAUGUCAUGAACAUGUUCACUGAAUAAUUCAUUUUAGUUUUGUUUAUCAUUCAAGCUUAUGAAUUUUUAGCAGAUUAGCAGUUUUCUUAAUGCAUACAACUGGAAAAUAACUUAGCAAAAUAUAUUAAAAGACUAGCUAUAGAACUUCUGUCACCUGUGAUGUCCAGCUACAGAAUGUCUGGCAUCCAUGAUGUCAAGCUACAAAACUUAUGGUACCCAUGAUGUCUAGCUACAGAGCUUCUGGAACCCAUGAUAUCUAGUUACAGAAUGUCUGGCAUCCAUGAUAUAUAGCUACAUAACUUCUAGCUCCCAUGAUGUCUAGCUACAGAACUUCCAUGUCCAGCUACAGAAUGUCUGGCAUCCUUGAUAUCUAGCUACAAAACUCCUGGUACCCAGAAUGUCUAACUACAGAAUGUCUGGUACCCGUGAAGUCUGGCUACAAAAUAUAUGGCAUGAAAGAUGUUUAGCUACAGAACUUCUAGCACCCAUGUUGUCCAUCUACAGAGCUUCUGGAACCCAUGAUAUCUAGCUAUAGAACUUUAGUACCUAUGAUGUCUAGCUACAGAAGUUCUGGCACCAUAAUAUAUAGAUGUAUUGCCUCUGAAACUAUCUGCCAUGUGUUUGAUUAAAGGAAAAAGAAUUUCCUCUCUUAAAGUAUUUAUUAUAGACUAUUUUCAGUAUAUUUUGUUUUAUAAAGAACAAGACAUAUUUAAACAUUAACAUUUGUUGCAUUUCCAGAUAGAGAUCCCUCUUGACUAUUUUGCUGGCUAUGGGGCCCAUAGACAGCUUUUGCCACUGACUCUUUGUGUUUGGGGAUUUCCAGCUGUUAUAAUAUGGCACACUUUGCUUACCAUGGCUGUGGUAAAUUUUGUAGCAGAUCUCUUUCAUAGUGGUCCUGAUGCCCCAAUUUGAUUCAUAUUCCUUUGUUUUCCAGUGAUAUUAAGUACAAGGGAUAUUCCUCAUCUUGGAAAUUCCUAAUUCUUGAUUUGAGCACAUCUUUAACCUGAGCAUAUGAAUAUUUUUUUUCUGAAGGAGCUGUUACAUACCUCUUCUAAAAGCAAUCAUUUUUCGAUGGUGUUACACUACCUACAAACGGGCAAACAAUGUCAAAAUGUAGUCCUGAUAAAUGUUCCACUGUGAUCUUAUAUUGGCUGUAGUUGUCUUGUGACUUGCUGUUUUAGCAUUUUUAAAAUUCCUGUAACAAACCUACCUAGUUCUCUGUAUAAGUUCAUUUGUUGAGCAUAGUUUGAGCUUCUGUGUAACUCAACUGUGUUUAAUAAAAUGAUUAUGAGUACCAUGAUUAGUACUGUUCUUAAGGGCAAUAAAAUAUUUUUUGCAGCAAUAUUUCAGUGUUGAUGGGAGUGUUUACGGUAUUGACAUAAAAUAAUCUUAUUAUACAUGUUGCUUGUUGUGUGUAAACAUUUGGUUGAUGUUUUUCUUAAUAUCAAAUUGACUUGUAGAUUUUCGUGCAGUUGCAAAAGUGUUAAGUUUUCAAGGGAAACAUGCUAACAUGUUUAGACUGUCUGCUGAAAAAAAAAAGGUGAUUUCAACUCAACAUAUUACUUGUUGGAGACAUUUAAUUUUCGUGGCAUGUCAUUAUUUUGAAGGACUUUCAUGCUGAUUUAUUGAACACCCUGACACAUGGUUGGAAUGUCUAUGGAAGCAGAGUGUAAUUUUGUCUCCAGCUGCUCCAUGUUGAGGAGGAAUAAUGCUCAUUAUCAUUAUUAUUUCAAGUUGAUAUUUACCGUCUCUGCCUCUGUUGAUGAAACGUCAACUAGUAAACAUGCCUAAAAUGUUUUUUUUUUGUAAAAGGUUGAGAACAGAACAGAAAAAAAUAUUUAAGAAUAUGAAUGAUUGUCUAAGUAGAAGGUUGGUAAGCAAUUAUGUAAUUCUUAAGUAUUUCAUCAUGCUGCCCCUCCAGUGACUCAGUAGUAAGCCUGAAAGCUUAUAAUGCUAAAAAUCAGGUUUUGAUACCCCUAGUGGGUAGAACACAGAUAGUCCAUUUUGAAGCUUUGUGCUUAACAACAAACAAACAAAUAAAAUGCUUCAUAUUGUUGUGCUAAAAACAUGCUUUUCCUUUCUCAAACUUUACUGUAUUUGAUUGUUUCUUUCUUUAAAAAUGCCUUUUUUCUUCAAAAGAUAAUGUAAUAGUAAAAAUAAUUCACAUGCCAUGAACUUAACAUAUUAAACCUUACUAAACAUUCUUGUUGUACUGGAUCUAAGUUAUGUAAAACUUCUGUUCUCUGGCACUCUUCGUAUUAAUUACUCUUUAUUUGGUUGACAGUAUUAUUAACCUGAGAAUGUUUGCUGUAUUGGAAAUCUAAUAACUGAGGAAUGUGACAAAUUUGUACUUAGUUUUGGUAUGAGGCAAGCUUUCAAUUCUUCCACUUUUCAUGGCUGUAAUCUCGUCUUUUCUUUUUAUCGCAUUAGUAAAACUGUUUUUAUAAUCCUCUGGUUCAGUAUCUUCUUUCAGAUACAAAAUCUUCUUAGUUUUGACAAUUUUUUUUUCAUUAAGUUGCAAGUGUCCUUUUGAGUAAUCUGUUUCUGUAAACUAGGUCAUUAAUAUUUUCUUUGCUAUUUAUAUUUGGUAAUUUCAGUCUGUUUGAUAGAAUAUUAUGUGAGAGUUCAAUGACAUAAUUAUCGGUACACUAUUAUGAUUAAUAAGUUGUGCAUUGAGAUCACAUUUAUAUAUUAAUACAAGUACAGUGUUGUUUUUGUAAAGAUUGAAUUUCCUUGUCCUCUUUGCUACAUUCCUUGGAAGAGAUAAUUAUGGUGAAUGUGUGAUGAACCUUGGUAAUUACCAUUCAUUUUGACAAAUCAAUGUAAGUACGUGUUUUAAAGAUUGACACCUGAUCCUAUGUUACUAUUACAGUUCAUUCAGGAAGUGUAUUUAGUAACCACAAAGUUUCUUGUGGUCAGUAUUGGCCAUAAUGUGAAAACAGUUGCUCAUGCAGUAAUAAUAAACUGAACCAACUUUCAGUUGAUUGUUAGAAGUGUAAUUUACAUACGGAAGCAUCAUAUCAUGGUAGCCAUGUAAAAGUUGAAAGAAAUGACUCAAAUCGAUGUAAGGGUUGUUUAGUCAAAACGUUAAUCAUACAGCUUUUUUCUAUAUUGCGAUUUUAUUCUCUUCUUUGCAUUUUUUAGAUUCUUAUAAAGUUGUAACUGCAUUUAUUUAUUUUUGUAUUAUCAUGGUAGCCAAAUGUGUUCCUGGUAUAUUUUACGAGCCUGAUCAGUUCGUGAGACUGAUUUAAUCUUUGUCUUUGUAAACUAACGUAACUAGAUUUUACCAGAUUUAUUGGACCUAUAGUUUAGACAAGACUUUCAUACAGUUUUGUAUACUGGAUUUGUUGCAGUUUCCUAUCAUUUUUGCAGUACAGGAGGAAGAUGUCCAACAUUGGGUGGGCCAAUACUGGCCAGAUGCGAUGUGUCUUGUAGCACAUAUACCUACUGCCACAAGUAGUCACAUUGAAAUUAUAGAUUUUAUAUAGCUCCAGAGGCACCACAUGAUUAGCCCUUUUUCUCUAUCCCUCUCUUAAACCAAAUGUUAUUGGGAGGUCAAAAGAGAUAUUGGCACCUCAAGAAAUAUUGAAUGGGUCAGACCUCUUCUCCCCACCCCCCCGUCACACUUUGUUCUUACUCCACAGGUCUGGUAUGGUUAGUUAUUAUGUAAAUUCCGACAAAUUAUAUGUUUUCUUUAUUGUGGCCUGUUAAGUGUAUCUAAGUUAAAGGCUAGCAUGAUUUUAAGAUGUUUAUACAGGCAUUAUUUGUGUUCUUGUUUGAAGGAGUGUAAAGAAAAGUGUCCUUGAACUAGUUAAAUAACUAUUUGUACAUUGAGCCCAAAUAAAGGAUUUCCAGCUUCUAACUAUUUGCAGUAGUCUAGAAUUGAAUAAUAAUUG